GCUCUUACUAAAAUACUAGUACUACUUAAGCUAAAAAAAAGUGGACGGAUUGAAAAAUUCUCACCAACUUCAAAUCACUCACAAGUCCCAUAAACCAAACAAUCACCUACUUUCCUCCACAUAUAUUAAUCUAUAUAUAGUGAAUGAUAGAAGUCCAUCUUUCAAUAGCUCAAUUGCUUAUACUUCCCAAUUCCAAUCUUCACAAACAAACACUAAAAACACCAUCAAAUUAGAAAAAGGAGAAAAUGGCAACCAAUGGAGAAACUGGCAGGCACCAAGAAGUUGGACACAAGAGCCUCUUGCAAAGUGAUGCUCUCUACCAGUAUAUCCUUGAAACUAGUGUGUACCCAAGAGAGCCCGAAGCCAUGAAAGAGCUGCGCGAGAUAACAGCUAACCACCCAUGGAACAUAAUGACCACAUCUGCAGAUGAAGGCCAGUUCCUGAACAUGCUUCUGAAGCUCAUCAAUGCAAAGAAUACCAUGGAGAUUGGUGUCUAUACUGGUUACUCUCUUCUUGCCACUGCCCUGGCUCUCCCUGAUGAUGGCAAGAUCCUGGCUAUGGAUAUCAACAGAGAAAACUAUGAAUUAGGUCUCCCAGUGAUUGAAAAGGCUGGUGUGGCUCACAAGAUUGAAUUCAAAGAAGGCCCAGCACUCCCUGUUCUUGACCUAAUGAUCCAAGAGGGGAAGUACCACGGAACAUUUGAUUUCAUCUUUGUAGACGCUGACAAGGACAACUAUUUGAACUAUCACACGAGACUCAUCGAUUUGGUAAAGGUGGGGGGAGUGAUCGGCUACGACAACACGCUGUGGAACGGAUCGGUGGUGGCGCCGCCGGAUGCGCCGCUGCGGAAGUACGUUAGGUACUACAGAGAUUUCGUGUUGGAAUUCAACAAGGCGUUGGCCGCUGACCUGAGAGUUGAGAUUUGCCAGCUUCCCGUCGGUGAUGGCAUCACCCUUUGCCGCCGUGUCUCAUGAAUUUCCAGUCUUAUCUUCGCCGGCGCCGGCAGCGGAGGCGCUGAUCAAUUAUCAUUCACAGUUCGGGUUUCAUUUGUAAUGUUAUUUACCUUUUGAUGAUAAAUUUGGAUUAAACCGUUGCAACUCACAUUUCACAAAUAUUGUUUGGCAAUUUUAAGUUGAAAUGAAAUACAUAUAUUGGGUAUAUAUAAAAUCAAAUGCCAAUAUAUUAUUGUUGCGGCCAAUAGAUUACAAUAUAAAAUACCUAUGUUGAUUUUACCAAUAAACGGAGUAUUUUAUAGUUUUUGCUAAUGCAUGUAUUACUAUUUGUGCUAAAUCAAAUACAUAUUGGGUAUAUGAAAAAUCAAAUGCAAGUGUAUUUCGGUGUAUAUAAAAUGCCCAUAUUGAUCUAGGCAAAAUAUACUCCUUAAUAUAUUAAGUUUUUUUUUAUAUCGUAAA